GAUCCACUGGCACGGCAUGUGGCAGCGUGGCACGAACUUUAUGGACGGCACGAUGUCGAUCAACGGGUGCGGGAUCCCGCCGGGCACCAACGCCAGCUAUGUUUGGUACGCGCAGAACCCCGGCACGGCAUGGUACCAUUCGCACCGGGGGAUGCAGUACACGGACGGGCUGUACGGCGCGAUCGUGAUCCACUCGCCGAACGAGCCGGCGUCCAAGCAGCCGUACGACGACGAGCUCACGCUCAUGAUCGGCGACGUGUACAACACGCGCUCGCGCGACCUGCCGACCAAGACGACGGGGCGGCGGCCCGUCGACGCCGUCCCCGACGGCGCGGUCAUCAACGGCGUGUCCCAAGCCCGCUGCGCAUACCUCUACCCGUCGGACGAGCACCCCGGCGUCAACUGGUGCGGACACGUCCCGACCGCGCAGUACGAGGCCGAGCUCGUCGGCGGCAAGACGUACCGCAUCCGCAUCGUGAACUCGGGCUCGCUCGUGCCCUACACCUUCUCGAUCGACAACCACACGUUCUCCGUCAUCGAGGCCGACGGCGUCUCGCUCGCUCCGUACGAGGCGCGCACACUCUCCCUCGACGUCGGCCACCGCUACUCCAUCCUCGUGACGCUCGACCAGCCGCCCGCAGCCUACUGGAUGCGCGUGCACCUCGAAGUCGAGGCGCAAGUGUACAAAGGCCCGAAGUUUAACGCGACGACCCUCGGCGUGCUGCGGUACAAGGGGGCGCGGGGCGCGCCGCCGGACGUCCCCGGCCCAAAGAUCCGGGACGGGGAAUACGACGCGGGGCCGCGCACGAUCUUCCCCCCCGCGGUGCCGCUCGAGGCCCCGCUGCCGACGCUGCAACACAGCGUAGUGUACGGCGCGUUCCUCAAGCCGGACGGGUCGAGCGGCAUGACGUUCAACGACCGGAUGUGGCGCCCGCUGCCGGACGGCGUCGCGGCCGUCUACUUUGUGAACGCGAGCAACGCGCACCGGCCGAAAGAGGUCGCGCGCCUCGUCGGGCCCCAGCACAACCUGCUCACGACGCAGCCCGAGGUCGUCGACCUCAUCGUGAAUGCGCCGCACGACCUCGCGACCCACCCGUUCCACCUCCACGGCCACAGCUUUUGGAUCAUGUCGCAGGGCCCCGGCGUCUUCGACGGCGACUCGAGCACGCUCAACCGCACCAACCCGAUGCGCCGCGACACCUUCGUCGUGCCCCCCGGCGGGCACGCCGUCAUCCGCUUCGUCGCGGACAACCCGGGGAUCUGGCCCCUCCACUGCCACAUCGCGUGGCAUCUCGAGGGCGGCCUCCUCAUGACCGUCACCGCGAUGCCGCGCGAGAUGGUCAAGUUCGACAUUCCGCCGCACAUGAAGCGGCUGUGCUAUAAGCAGUAUGCGUGAUGCAGAUGGUGGAUUGGGG